GGCGGAAGUGAAGAGAGGGACGCGCUCACCUGUCUCACCUGUCGACAGGUACGGCCGGAGGAAAGACGAGCACAAUGAGCAACCCCAUCCCUUCCAACAUGCGGUCCGAGGCCAAGAAGGCUGCCAAGAUCCUGAGGGACUUCACGCAGAUCUCCAACCGGACCGGGCCGGACAAGCUGAUCCCUGCUCACGUCAUCGCCAAGGCUGAAGGUCUGGCCAUCAUCUCCGUCAUCAAGGGCGGCUUCUUGAUCACGGCCCGGGGGGGCAGCGGCAUCGUCAUCUCCCGGCUCGCCGACGGACGUUGGUCGGCGCCGUCGGCCAUCGGCAUCGCAGGACUGGGCGGCGGCUUCGAGAUCGGCGUGGAGGUGUCGGACCUGGUGAUCAUCCUGAACCAGCGCCGGGCCAUCGAGGCCUUCACCAAGGGAGGGAACCUGACCCUGGGAGGGAACUGCACCGUCGCCGUGGGACCCAUGGGCAGGAACCUGGAGGCCGACGUGGCGCUGCGGAGCACGGCCGCCGUCUUCACCUACUGCCGCUCCCGAGGCCUGUUCGCCGGCGUGUCCCUGGAGGGCUCCUACCUCAUCGAGCGCAAGGAGACCAACCGCAAGUUCUACUCCCAGGACAUCCGGGCCUCAGCCAUCCUGAACGGGGACGUGGAGCCGCCGGCGGAGUGCCAGGACCUGUACAACGUCCUGGACGCCUACACGGAGGCCUACACCAGCGACUGGACCGCCAGGCACAUGCAGGCCAAGACGGCCAGAGCUCCCUCCAGACCUGCAGGCCCCCCCCAGCAGAGAUCCCAGAACCUUCAGCAGCUGUCGGACCACAGCAGUGUCCGAGCAGGAAAGAAGAGCGCUUUCUACCCGAGUCUCUCCGUCGACUCUGGAUUCUCAGGGGCGGGGGCGUCAGUGGGCGGAGCCGGUGGACCGCUGGUCGUCACGGCGACCCACCCCUUCACGGGGCAGCAGCCCGGCGACCUGAGCUUCGCCCCCGGCGACCGGAUCACCGUGGUCACCAAGACGGAGUCCCAGUACGACUGGUGGGAGGGGCGGCUGGACGGCGGCGCCGUCGGGAUAUUCCCCGCCAACUUCGUCACGUACUGACGACGAGGAGCUGCAGGCGCCGUGCGGCAAAGGUCAAAGGUCAAAGGAGAAGCACCUGAUACAACUAAACUACAAACUCUUUUCUAUUUUCCACGUUAAGCAACGACGUUUCAGCGUUUGCAGGUUUAGUUCGACACUUGUUUCCACAGUUUUAAAGUUUAAGCGAGCUAGCGAUGAGUUUGGAGGAAGCUAGCUGUAGUUAAAUGAAAUAACACCUUUGAUUUAAACUCUAGUUACGCAAAUCUUUCCACUUUAACGUCACAGCUAUCGACAAAAGGUUUUAAAUGUUCAGAACUUUGACUUCACGUGGUUUUAAAUCGCUGUUUGUUGGGAAAAGGUCAAUAGUUAAGAUAAGCAUCAACAGCCUCUGAUUUGGGGACUGUUUAUGGGUCACUUUGGACUCUGUGGAUGUUUCAAACUCAGCAGGAUUUCUUGCCUGGGUUCGGGAUCUGUUUUUUGGCUGCAGAACCGCCGUUUUUUUGGGACUUUGGAGACUUUCUGACGGAGAAGUUGACGUGAGACGGUAGACGGACGACCGCUGCUCAGUCUGAUCGUAAACUCGUCUGUCUGGGUGUUUAAAUA